AAGCAGACUUUGAGUCAGCUGCUUCUAUAUGUCUGAGCAACAAAACCUGUUUUUGUGUCACUGUGGGUGCCCGCCUUUCCUUUCGAGCGAUGAUCAGAGAUGCCCACCAAAAAGUUGGCUAUCUUGGAGUCGUUGGAGAACUUGUCCAAGAAGAAUUAUGACAGGUUCUGCGUGGCUCUGGUCGACCGGCGCGGAAAACGGAGGGUGGCCCUGUCCAAGGUGGAGGACGAACCACGCACGGAGGUCACCAACGUGCUGGUGUCCACCUUCACCGAGGCCACAGCUCCGUCUAUCGUCUGUGAGCUCUUGAGGCAAAUCGGGUGCUUCGAUGAGGCUGAAAAUCUGAAUGUACAAAUUGCUCAAAUCGACAAAGAGUCAUUGAAUGCAUCUCCUGACAAACCCUGUUCUGUGACUGAUCGGCGACCAGUCCAGGGUUGUGUCGGCCCUUCACCCAGAGUCAACUGUGAUAGAUUCGAGCAAUCUAAGAACCAAAGGAGGAGCAGCGGGAAAGAAAAGGGAAGAAUGGAUGCUGCCAAGGCAAAAGAACAUGCACAAAUUGCUCAAAAUGACAGAGGGUUAUUGGAUGCAACUCCUGACAAACCAUGUCCUGUGACUGAUUUGAGACCAGUCCAGGGUGCUGUCGGCCCUUCACCCGGAGUCAGCUGUGAUAGAUUCGAGAGACCUAAGAACCGAAGAAGGAGAAGCAGGAGAGAAAAGGAAAGAAUGGAUGCCUCCACAGUGAAAGAAAAUAAAGCAGCGGCGCAGGCAUUGAUGGCCGUAGGCAAAGCUGCAGCAAUACACUCCAAAGAUGCCCCAAUUGCUAAAAUCGACAAAAAGUCACUGAAUGCAGCUCCUGACAAACUGUGUCCUGCAACCGACCAGCGACCAGUCCAAGGUGCAAUUGGCCCUUCACCCGAAGUCAUCUGUGAUAGUUUUCAGCAAUCUGAGGACCAACAGAGAAGCACCAAGAAAGAAAAGAGAAGGAUGGAUGCUUCCAUAGCGGAAGAACAUUCCCAAAUCACUCAAAUUGACCAACAGUCAUUGAAUGCAACUCCUGAUCAACCAUGUCUUCCGACUUUCCGGCUACCAGUCCUGGGUGCAGUCGGCCCGUCAUCCGAAGGCAGCUGUGAUGAGCUUCAGUUAUCUGAGAAACCAAACGGGAUCAAUGGCAAAGAAAACGGAAGAAAAACGGAAGAAAAGAUGCUUCCACAGUUCUCAAUGAAGAGAGACCCGUCGGCCGGAAAACAAACACCUGUAAUCCAGAUACGCAAAUUAUCUGACAGCGACGAAUCCAGCGACGACUACAGCGAUUACUCCAGCGGUUGUUUAGACAGUGAUGACGACAUACUUGAUCGAACUCCACCAUCAGUUGACAAGACAACUCACACAGACUUUGCGCCACGCCUUCCCGUAGGGGGCCGACCCGUAGAGCGUUGA